UCUUCCAAAAAGUAUGAAAUAAGACAGACGAAAAAUAAAUAAAUAAAUUACUAAUUUUAUGUACAUAUGUAUGUAUAAUACAUAUAUAAGUAUAUGUUUUUUUCGUAUAAUAACAACCGGCAAAAUGCUUAUGAUAAGCAAAGAUAUGGUAGGUUAUAGCGACACAUACAAACGUGCAUACACAGGGCAUAACCAGACACAUACAUUUGCGUCACAUACAUACCUAUGUAUGCGUCAAAUCAAAACUGGAAGGUGCGACCGCUGUUUGAACUACUCAUUGAUACGCAUCUGCACUUAGCGCUAUUCAAAUACAUUUGUAUAAGUACACUUGUAUGUAAGUGUAUGUAUGUACGUACAAUCGUUUAUGUACAGAUGUUUACCAACUAAACAGGCACGGAAUGAAGGCAAAGCGAAACAGCCCAAUAGACUGGGUGGGGGCCGACAGCGGUAUCACGACGACAACCUACCAAGUAAAGUAUAUAACUGACAGCUGAUAGUUUAGUUCAUUUCGGUGAUUCGUAGAGAAAAGUAGCAGUAGUGGAAGACGGCAAAAUUUCGAACAAAAACAGAAUAAUAAAAAAAAGAAACAUUAAAAAAAUACACUCAUAAAAUUAUAGAAACAUGAGUGAUGCAUUGAAAAUUGCCGGCGCCGUAGUGCUUCCGAAUAUCGGUGGUUUCGUUAAUGGCAUUAUAACUCGCAAAAACAUACAAACAUGGUAUAAGAAUCUGAAUUUUCCAUCAUACCGUCCUCCAAACUGGAUAUUUGGACCGGUAUGGACAUCACUCUACUCCGGCAUGGGUUAUGCUUCAUAUUUAGUUUGGCGUGAUGGUGGCGGAUUUGGUGGUAAGGCUCAAUUACCGCUCAUCGUAUACGGCACGCAAUUAGCACUCAACUGGGCCUGGACGCCAAUUUUCUUUGGACAACGUAAUAUAAAAGGCGGCCUCAUUGACAUUAUCGCACUAACCGCUACAUCUACAGUUUGCGGCAUACUUUUCUAUCGAGUUAAUAAAGUGGCUGGCCUAUUGUUCGCUCCAUAUAUAGCUUGGCUGAGUUUCGCAACGGUGCUUAAUCAUGCAAUGUACAAAUUGAAUCCUGACAGCAAUGCUGUGGACGCUGCUCCUGCUGCUGAUGAUGAUGAGGAGAAAAAGGGUCAGUAAAAUAGCAUUCGUUGCGCACUGGUUUACUGCACUUUAAUUGCAUAUGCAAGUAUUAAAAUUGUUUUUAAACCAAAUGAGUACAUUCGUAGAGAGCAGCAUAUGAUGUCAUUUUUGGUGCUGAUGCCUUUAACGCUACACUCAUGGCCACUGCAGUUCGUUAACUACGUUGCAGUAAAUUAAAAUAGAAAUAUUAAUAUAAGUAUAGAUGUUUGUUAACCAAUCGUUGUGACCUGCAUUUGAAAAUUUACCAAAUUAUAUAUAGAAUUAUGCAGAAGUUCACAAUCUUUGAUAAACAGAAACUUUCCAAUACAUUUUUAUAAAAGAAUGUACACACAAGUUGCCUAAAAUAUGUUAAACUGCUGCCGAACGAUGUUUAGAGAUUUAUAAGGUGAAUUAAUUAAAAGUGUUAAAAUAAAAUUAUUUGAUAGCUCAAA